GCAAUAAGUGCCCGUGACCCGGACCCUCGAGGCGCCAAUCUUUGUCAAAAUCCGAAUCAAUUCAGUAACAAUUAAUAAAAAUUUAAAAAAAUUCAUUCAAAUCGUUCAAGAUUUCAAGAAGGAGGCAGAAAACAAUAGUUGGAUCUCGUGUUUCAGUUUUGGGGAAAGAAUGUAUUGUUUAUGUAAAGAACUUCGGGAUGACUGUUCCUUACCAAUACUAAUGUGUUGUUUAGUUUUAAAAAAUCGAACCAAGUUUUCCCUACAGAGACGUGACACUUAGGAAGGGUGUGCAGUUUAAGGACCAGUAUGACAUCCAGUCGGAAAUUGGCAGGGGAAAAUUUGGCACAGUUUACCGAUGCAAGGAAAAGAAAAGUGGAUUGGCUUUGGCGGCCAAGGUGGUGAAUACCACGAGGAAGGAAGACAGACGGACUGUAGAACGAGAGGUCGAAAUCAUGAGAAGGUUACAGCAUCCUCGUUUGAUUCAACUUUACGAUGCUAUCGAAACUGGGAAACAAAUCUACGUCAUUUUAGAACUCAUCCAGGGCGGUGAAUUAUUCGAAAGAGUAAUUGACGAUGACUUUGUUUUAACUGAAAGAAGUUGUGCGGUCUUUAUGCGACAAAUUUGCGAAGGGAUUGAAUUUGUUCACGCUCAGCAUAUUUUACAUCUUGACAUGAAACCAGAAAAUAUUUUGUGUCUCACAAAAGAAGGAAACAGGAUAAAAAUAAUUGAUUUUGGAUUGGCGAGGGAGUAUGACCCCAAAAAGAAGCUACAAGUUCUCUUUGGAACUCCAGAGUUCGUCGCGCCAGAAGUUGUGAAUUUCGAUCAAAUCGGCUUUGGCACCGACAUGUGGAGCAUCGGUGUCAUCUGCUAUGUAUUAUUGUCUGGAUUAUCCCCAUUCAUGGGUGACACUGAUAUAGAAACAAUGGCGAAUGUAACGAUCGCUAAGUACGAUUUUGACGAUGAAGCUUUCUCCGGAAUAUCAGAAGACGCCAAAGAUUUUAUCAAAUCUCUUCUAAUCAAAGAUUUAUCAAAAAGAAGUACUGCGUCCCAGUGUCGCCAACAUCGAUGGCUGGCCCAGAAGAAGAUGCAAUCUCCAUCCGAGCUGAUCAACGGUCUAAAGGUAGAAGAAAUAAAGACGAAUGGACAUCCAGUACCAAAAACGACUAAACAGGAGUUGGAUGUUACCAAGGACAACUUGAGGCUUUUCGUCGAAAGGUGGCGUGAACAUCCAGAUAGUCCCUACACGAUUGAAACUGACAUUACACCUGUUGGUUCACCAGAAGUAACCGAAGGUCUACCGCUAAUGCAAAACAACAACAACAAUAUGGAAUCUAUGUCCCUUAGGUGUCACAGUCCAUCACCCUGCGGAAGUCUUUCCAGCUCUAUGUCUGAUUCCACAGCCUCAACUCGAGACAAUGGAUCAGGAUCUCUUCUUUCCGUUCCGAAUCUAGGAUUAGCCUUCGAAAGACGAGCCUCGGAAGGAGCAAAUGUCGAAAAAGCCAGAGAUGCUGCAGCCCAGAUCAUCCUCGCUGAAGAGAUCAUCAAAUUGUCAGAACAUCUGCGUUCCAUUGCGAUGGGACAGCGUGAAUCCGAAAGCUCUUCUGAUGACAAAUCUAAAGCAUCUUCAGAAGAUAAAACUAAAGCUACUUCAGUCAAAAAACCCCAAGCUUCUUUAAUAAACAAAUCAGACGCUUCCUCUCUACCACUGACAAAGACAAAAGAGAAAAAGAAGACUGUUGUCAAGAAUGAAGGGAAGAAACCACAAACCCAAAAACCAAUAAGAAGUAAAGAAGACAUGAUCAAAACCAAAGAAGAGAAAAAGCCCAAAGAAGACAUAAAACCAAGACUGGUGAAGACGACCUCAGAAGAAACCGAAAGCAACGAAAUAUCUGAAAAGCUCUCAAACAUCACGAGGCAGAGGAAACUGAAUGGUACAACCUUCAAUGGUAAUCGCUUUGAAAAAUACGCAGACACUUCCUCUUCCAGUAAUGUCUUUACCCUCAAGAAGACAAGCAAGUACAACACGGUAGUUUUCAACGAGAGUUUCUCCACCAAGAUUACAGAUAAUUUUAGUGUCAACUCUUCUAGAAGGUCCGAGUCUGAAGCCAACUCUUCACUCUGUGAUGAUCUUGAGAAAGAAAUGGACCUCAGUCCACCCUGGAGAAAGUCAAGGUCUAAACGAAGGUUUAGCGAAUCUUGUAGGGAUGUUCCAAGGAUCACGAAUCUUCAAGAUAUGCACAAGACUUUGAAUCUUGAUGAGCCAAAGAGCACCAAAGAUUUGUUGUUGCAUCUUCUAACUGAGUGGGAUGACACAAGACCUAGUGCAAUUGGAAGGAAGUCCAGUGUCGACUGGUGUGGAGAAGAAUCUGUUGCGAGGAUGUCCAUGAACUCGUUGGCCGAGUAUUUUCAAUCUGAACAAAAAAAAAGUGCAACAACAACUCCUAAGGUUACACCAUCGAUACAUCGAUGAUGGAGUUAGGAUCUUGAUCUGCACUUGUUGCUUUUCUUUGGCUCGGCGACCUCUUGGUGUAGUGAAUGUGGCUGACAUUGUCGAGUAUUAUUUUUGAAAUUUUUAAUAUUUUUCCAUGAAAAGAAGGUGGUAAAAUAGAAUGACUGAAAGCUGAUUGUAUAUUGAAAAGUAAAAGUAUAGUAUUAAUAUAUAUUUGUCUACAAAAA